AGACACAAGUCAACGGUCGUCGUUCCUCUUGGGCGGCUCCAAUUUUCCUUCUAGUGUCCAAAUACCAAACUUCUGGUUUUUCUACCUGGUUUACUCUUUGAAAACGUUGCCGUUUGCACCUAUUAUGUCGCUUCUACUUCAUCUUCAGCUCUUCACAUUCUGUCUCGCCCUCAGCCAACUGCGAUUCGUAGCUUCUCACCAAGAAUCAGGUGACUGGCACUGCGAACCUGAUGCCGAGGCCCGAAUUGUGGCCGAAUUUAGGCCCGGAUUUGUCACUCUUGAUGGACAUGCUGAUGAUUGGGCUGAUAUAGAUGGUUUCGAUUUUCCACUCCGCCCAGCUCUCGAUCCGGAUGAAGAUAAGGAGUACAAAGCUGGAAAAAUGACCGUUAAGGCUUUGCAUGAUGGAAAGGAUGUUUACUUCAUGUUGCAAGUAGAUGGAGAUUAUGUGUACUCAAAAGGAGAUAACUAUAAAUGCCCAUCAGUAGCCCUGAUGUUCCAAGUUGGUGAGAAUGCUUCAUAUCAUGAUAUGGGUGGGUGUAAAGAAUUACCUGGUAAAUGCAACAACAAGACAUGCCGUGGACAUGAAGUUGACAUCAUGCAUUUCUCCAUUGGAAAUUCUAUCCCAGGAAGACUGUAUGGCGGAAACAAUGCUGACAGGAUUGGUUUGGUUGAUAUAUUUGCUUGGAAUCCACACUGUAGGAACGUUGACGGCAUUGGUUCAGCAGGUAAUGAAUCUACAGCUAUGAAUGACUGGAAAGGUGCAUGGUGGCAUAGCAGUUUCACCACCCAUUCAGGUUAUGUUGAGGAAGAUAAUCCUUAUGCAUCAUCUGGUCAGAAGGGUACAUACUACUUUGAAUUCACUAGGUCUAUGAGAACCAUGGAUCGUCAUCAGCAGGAUGUACAAUUUACAAUAGGUCAAUCGAGCAAAUUUUCAGCUGCCUUCUGGUAUCCUAUUGAUGGAAAUCCAUGGCAUGGUUCGGGGCAUUAUACCGUGAGCUGUGAUUGGGUACCAUUGGACGUAACUCCUGGUUCCUCUACACACGUCAAAGUAGCAUCUGGGAGCUCUUGGGAUGCUGCCGCUGGUUUUGCUUUCCUAAUAUCCGUCGUUGCCUUCUGUGUAUCCAUUUUUGUUGGGUAUCGGGUUUCUAAAACAAAAAGAGCUAUACCUUUUACCCCUAUUGAUCAUCUUUAACUGGUUUUCUACAUUUUUGAGUUUGCCCUCCCUCUCCUACAUUUUUGGUUUUCUACAUUUUUGAGUUUGACAUGGAUUUAGUUGUGAGUUCCACACUUGCAGUUUUGCUGUUGUUGGAGAGAAACGUCAAAUUACAUACUUCCUCUUGACUUUGUUUUAUUUGAACAGAUAAUAUAUCAUAUUAGAGAUUUAUUUUGUUCUGCAGUGAUGCUUCCCAUUUGAA